AUGUCUUAUAGAAACCCCAAUGUGGAGAAUCCUCAAGACCAAGUGUAUCCUCCAAGGUAUCCACAACAACAAAGACCUCCUUACCAAUCUCAAGGAAGUCAAUUUCAGCCAAGGCAAGGAUAUGAGCAGAGAUCAUCAUAUCCGCCCAAGGAGCCAUAUGCUUCUUCACCAAAUCAAGCUCCUCCAAACCAACAAGGUGGGAGAUUUGAAGGAAUCCUCCAACAGAUCAUGGAUGGCCAGAAGAGAAACACUAAAGAGAUGUAUGAGAAGAUGGACACUUUGUUCAGCAAUCUCAACACCAAGUAUGAUGCUGUUGCCACUCAUGUGAAGAAACUAGAGACUCAAGUCACUCAAACUAUGGAAGCUGUUAAGAGACAGGAAGCUGAAUCCAAGAAGUCCUUUUGCAACUCAGCCGCCAUAGAAGAAAGAUUUGAAGACCAAGUUCCAGAAUGGAUGCUUUCAAAACCUACUGUUGAUUGCAUGAUUUGGCCUGAAGAGAAUUACCCAGAGAGAGAGUCCAAUCGAGCUAGAAAGAGAAGACUCUUCCCAAAGAUUAUCCCCAAGACAGAUAACUCAGGAAAGUUUGUUGUGCCUUGUAUCAUCAAAGGUAACAUUCUUGAGCAAUCUUUGUGUGACACAGGAGCCAAUGUGAACAUCAUGUCUAAGAGGAUAGCUGACAAGAUAGGCCUCACCAAGAUAGAGCCAUCAUCCAUCUCCAUCAACUAUGCUGAUUCAUUCUCACAAACCCCUAUGGCUUUGUGCCUAAUGUGA